UCACGUGAACCAGACUGCCGGGUCACGUGACCCGCACUAUUCUUGGCCAACAGAUCGGAGGUCGGGUUGCAGCAUGAAGGACGGCGGCAGAGCUCCAAGCAGAGGUUGAGGAACACGUCCAGAGGUCAGAGGUCGUCCUGCGCGCCGUGACAUCAUGGUGGGCGUGGUGGCGUGUGGCUCGGUGAGCUCCAUCAAAGCUCUGUGGGAGACGCGGAUCCAGAGACGGAGAGAGGAGGAGGAGGAGAGGAGGAGACCGUCCAGGGGCGGGGCCACAGGCAGGCUGAGCGUCCGGGUCUGGGAGGACCGGGCGGUUCUGGCCCGCCUCAGGGAGAAGCUGCAGACAGAAGAUGGACGGCUGGUUCUCCGGAUAGAACAAGAGGAGUGGAAGAACCUGCCGGCGUGUCUGGUUCGGUUCGUCCAGGUCCAGGAGUGGCAGAUCCACAGAACCGGCCUGCUGAAGGUUCCGCCAUUCAUCUGCAGCUUCCAGAAUCUCUUGGUUCUGGACCUAUCCCGGAACGCCAUCACCGAGAUUCCGCAGCAGAUCGGGAAGCUGACCCGGCUCAGAGAGCUGCUGCUGAGCUACAACCGGAUCCGAGUCGUUCCUGAAGAACUCGGUGGCUGUGAGAGUCUGGAGAGGUUGGAGCUGGCCAUGAACCGGGACCUGAAGGAGCUCCCAGACCAGCUGAGGAACUUGGUGCGGCUGCAGCACCUGGAUCUGUCCAUGAAUGACUUCGUCUCCCUGCCAGAUUGUGUCGUUGCCCUGCCGGCGCUGCAGUGGCUCGACAUGGGGGGCAACCGCCUGCAGCAGCUGCCUGACGACAUCCACAGGAUGCAGAUGCUGCAGACGCUGUGGCUGCAGAGGAAUGAGCUGCAGAUCCUGCCAGAGAACAUCAGCAGGAUGUCCAGAUUGGACACGCUGGUCCUCAGCAGCAACAGGCUGAGGGACAUCCCAUCCCUGAUGGAGGACAUGACCAACCUCAGGUUUGUGAAUUUCCGGGACAACCCUCUGAUUGUGGACGUGUCUCUGCCUCUGAGGACGGAGGACGGGGAAGACGACCGGGAGAUGUUUGGACGGGACUUCAUGCUCACCUACAUCCAGGAGGCCCGGAAGAGAAACUACGCCGUGCUGAGUGCGCACCGCCUCCACCAGACGGAUGAAGACCAGCCCAGACAUGACCCGGUUCAGCUUGGUCCCUCUACUGCCUGAUUCCGGUGAACCGGAUCAGAACCAGAACCCAGUUUGGAUCAAGAGACAGAAUUGAAACCAGAAACUGGAGCUGAUCAAGUUUGACUUUAAUAAACGGAUUCUGAUCCACA